GGUGUCCAAGCAGCUAUGUAUUCAUUUAUGGCAGGAGCCAUAUUCAUCACGGUAUUUGGCAACCUUGCUAUGAUCAUUUCCAUUUCCUACUUCAAGCAGCUUCACACACCAACCAACUUCCUCAUCCUCUCCAUGGCAGUCACUGAUUUCCUCCUGGGGCUCACCAUCAUGCCUUAUAGUAUGGUCAGAUCAGUGGAGACUUGCUGGUAUUUUGGGCUUACAUUUUGCAAGAUUCAUUAUAGUUUUGACCUAAUGCUUAGCAUAACGUCCAUUUUCCAUCUUUGCUCAGUGGCCAUUGAUAGAUUUUAUGCUAUCUGUUACCCUUUACGUUAUUCCACAAAAAUAACGAUUCCCCUCAUAAAGCGGUUGCUACUUCUCUGUUGGUCUGUCCCUGGAGCAUUUGCUUUCGGGGUGGUCUUCUCUGAGGCCUAUGCUGAUGGGAUAGAAGGCUAUGACAUCUUGGUGGCUUGUUCCAGUUCCUGUCCAGUGAUGUUCAAUAAGCUAUGGGGGACCACCUUGUUUAUGGCGGGUUUCUUCACUCCAGGAUCUGUGAUGGUGGGGAUUUAUGGCAAGAUUUUUACAGUGUCGAGAAAACAUGCUCGUGCAAUCAAUAAUUUGCCAGAAAAUCAAAAUAACCAAAUGAGGAAAGACAAAAAAGCUGCCAAAACUUUAGGAAUAGUGAUGGGUGUUUUCUUAUUAUGUUGGUUUCCCUGCUUCUUCACUAUUUUAUUGGAUCCCUUUUUGGACUUCUCUACUCCUGUGGUUUUGUUUGAUGCUUUGACAUGGUUUGGCUAUUUUAACUCCAUGUGUAAUCCCUUAAUAUAUGGUUUCUUCUAUCCCUGGUUUCGCAGAUCACUGAAGUACAUUUUACUAGGGAAAAUUUGCAGCUCGCAUUUCCAUAAUGCUAAUUUGUUUACUCAAAAAGAAACUGAAUAGACUUCUUCUGUAGGAGUGAAUUGAAGCAAAAGGACUGGAA